CGUAUUCAGAAGCAGCUCUAAAAGAAUCAGAUUCUACUGACAGAUAGUUCAGAAAGGUUUCCUGUUCUGGAUUUGAAGAACCCAUUCUUUUGAGGAGUUUUGAUUUGCAAACAGAAUCAUUUUCAUCAGUGUCUUGAUCCGUCAGGUCUGCAGCAAUGCAUCACUUCAUUUCUGUGAUGAUUUCACUGCUAGUCAUUACUGGGCUGCAGGGGAGUGUCGAGGCCAGAAGAAGACGUAUAAAGCGAAGUUCUGACCGAUAUUACAGAUCGGAGCUGACUGUGCCGAAUGGAGGGGGCUGGGGGUCGUGGGGUCAGAGGGAAAUGUGUCCAGCUGGAACGUACGCCGCAGGAUUCAGUCUAAGGGUGGAAGAUCCUGUUGGUCGAGAGGAUGACACUGCACUCAACGGGAUUCGUCUUCACUGCAUUGAAUCUAAAGCCUCAUCAGACUCGUAUCGCAGCUACUCCACAGUUCAGUCAGAUGUAGGCAGCUAGUGUGUUUGUGUGUUU